CGAUCCUUCGUCUAUGUGACUCGGAGAAAAUGACACGGGGCAUCUGAGGUGGAGUAAGUGAUUCAGCUCAUCACAUACAACGUAAACGAGCUACUGGACGAGCUCUUGAUUUGACGCCAGCACGUACUUGUAUGUUAGUGUAUAGACUGUUUGGCUACAAGCGUUGCCAUCUAUCGAAGGUAUCCUAUGUGCGUGCGAUAUUGUUGUUUAAUCAGCGUUCCUCCAAAUGAUAGAUCACGCAAGCACUGGGAGAUAGAUUUGUUGCACCUUAAUUAAAAGCACCGGUAUCUGGCGUUAAGUAGGCACCUCCAGACAAGACUCGUGGCGUGGAUUAAUGACGGUUUGAGUCAGUGUAACAACAUGCAGUGUUUAUGCAGAAAUAUCUUAAGUGCCGGCGACACCAGGAAGCACUCGACCUCGGGAGAGUUUGAAGAUUUGGACAUGGACAUAAAAACUGAAGGUGAGAACGCAGCACCUAAAAACUGCUACAGAUUGGUGAUUGUUGGCACCGCAAGAGCUGGAAAAACAUCGAUAGUUUCCAGAUUUCUCAACGAUAAGUUUGAGGAGAAAUACACACCUACGAUAGAAAAUUUCCAUCGGAAAGUGUAUAGAAUCCGAGGAGAAGCAUACCGACUUGACAUCCUUGAUACGUCUGGGAACGACCCAUUCCCGGCUAUGCGAAGACUUUCUCUACUCUCUGGAGAUAUUUUCAUAAUCGUAUUCAGCGUGGAUAAUAUGGAAUCAUUUGAAGAGGCCAAGCGGCUUAGAGAUCAGAUUCAGGAAGUGAAGUCCUUCUGUCCACCCGGUUCCAAAAAAUUCCGACACAUCCCAAUGGUCCUGGUCGGUAACAAACUAGAUCGUGCCGACCACCAUAGGGCAGUGAACUCAAUGGAAGUGAACAGAUACAUUGAGUCACAAUCUGGGUGUGCAUACGUUGAAGCAUCGGCCAAAAAGGACUGGAAUAUUGAAGACAUCUUUCUCAAGCUUUUCAUAAUGGCUGAUCUCCCGACAGAAAUGAGUCCUUCGCUCCACAGGAAAGUGCACCCGUCUUACGUUGGGAAAACGACAGCGAAGUCCACAACAAGGUGCGGGCCAAUCUCUUUAAGAAGACGCUUAAGCGACGCCUGUGGCACUGUUACCAGUGUUAGACGUCCAAGUAUUAGAACCGAUCUUUUGAUAUUGCAGACAAAAUCACGCGUUCCGCCCGAAGUUACUAAUACUUCGGAUGCAGAAGCGACUGGUGUCAAAUGUGUGAUUCAAUAGUAUUUGUUAUAUUCAGACUUUUGAUUUUUGAGUCACAUAUAAAUGUAUAUUGUCCAGCAAGCUAAACGUCGCCUGUGCUGUCUUAUUAUUAAACACUUUUAUUAAUCAAAAUACUGAUUCUUCAGAAAUAUAUACGUUAUUCAUUCAUUCACUGAAAUAGUAUAUCGCUUUUCUGACAUCCUUAUAUCAUAUAUGUUGUAAUUUAAUGACCAUUCUAAUUGAACAUCGAUGUGUUUUUCGACAUAAGUAAUUAUUAUAAAAAUACUGGCGCCUGUUAUCAAUUUGAACAUUGUUCGUUCAAUGGUCUGAGCACAUGAUAGCGUGUAAGUAAGACAAGAGGUUUAUGCAGACUGGGGUCCUAUAGGUGUACUGCUUGUCAUAGGACUGUUAAUUGGAAUCUGGAUAGUUGGAAACAAUACAGAACAACGUAUUCUCUUUUUCCAGGCGCAAUUUCAAGACCAUGUAUUUGUUGCAAUGUAGGUUCAGGCAUGAUUG